AUGGAAGCCUCUAAAAUCAUUAACAUUAUUCUAGCUCUAUUUUUACCACCUGUCUCCGUCUUUUUAUGUCGUGGUUGGGGUACUGAAUGUAUUAUAAGUAUCGUAUUGACUAUUUGUGGUUGGGUUCCAGGUAUGUUAUAUGCUCUAUAUAUCAUCUUACAAGAUGAUUAA